ACCUGCACCCUCAGAGAUGCUGGGACUGAGCUCUUGAUGUUGGUCCCAAGGACUGUGCUCACAGCUGCCUGUCCCCCCUUCUCCUCCAGGAGUGGGCAGAGGAGGAUUUUGGAUGUCCUUUCCCUAUUAGGAGAGGCGGGUUCAGUGCUGACUUGGGUUCUGCAGAGGAGACAGCUCUCUCCUUCCCUGCUCCUUCCCUCAUUACUGGGGUCCUAGUUCUGCAGCCUGGUACAAGGACCCUGGAUGGAUUGCAAGCCUUAGGGAAGCACUGUAUGGAAUUCCCCCUGACUCUCCUCCUGGUGGGCGGUCCUGGGAUCUGAUGAGGUCGGAUUAACCCAUGGUGUGCUGCCUCCGGACUCAAGGAAAGUAAAAUCCCAGUUCUAGGUGUCGAUGAUGGUCCGGUUUCUGAUCGGUUUUCUGCUUCCGGUCCUGGUCUUCGCCGCUCCGCCUCCCAUUAAUAGGUUGGCACUUUUUCCAGAUAAAAGUGCCUGGUGCGAGGCUAAAAACAUCACACAAAUAGUGGGGCACAGCGGCUGUGAGUCCAAGUCUAUCCAGAACAGGGCCUGCCUCGGUCAGUGCUUCAGUUACAGCGUCCCAAACACCUUCCCUCAGUCGACGGAGUCCCUGGUGCACUGCGACUCGUGUAUGCCGGCCAAGUCCAUGUGGGAUGUGGUCACGUUGGAGUGUCCAGGGAACGAGGAGGUCCCCCGAGUGGACAAGCUGGUGGAGAAGAUCUUACGUUGCAGCUGUCAGGCAUGUGGCAAGGAACUGAGCCAAGAAGGCGCCAUGUUUAACGUUUACCUCAACACCGCCGAGGAGGCGCUGUCCCCUGCCGAGAACAUCGGGCGACACCAGCACGAAGAGGACACCCCCCCUACCGCUCAGCGGGAUGGAGAAAGUGAGGAAUAAGCGGGUGUCCAGCCAAAAAGACUGCUGCGCCAAGACAAUGCUGCGCCCCCAUCCAGAGACUAAGCCUGGGACCACCACACGGACUAACCAUCCAUCUGCCGACUCUUCCAUGGUGCACGUCUAUAGCCAGUGGUUUACAGUGUACGGUCGAUCUCUGAACCCAGUGACAUCCGUAUCCUGGACUGAUCCUGAGUGUAUGCCUCCUAUACUCCAGUCACAUCCAAAGCUGCAUUCUUCUUCUGAGCUGUAGGAUCUUAAAGGGCUUUUUUUCAAGGGAGAAAAAAAAUGGUCAGAAAGGGUGUAAAAUAUAAAAAGAAUCAUUCCUCACCUCACUGAUCCACCCACCGCAGCAGUUCCCGGGGCUUCUCCAUUCCCCUCUGCUCUCCACUUCCUGGAAAUACCGGGAAAGGACCAAUGACUGGUUGGGCCGGUUUACCACUUCCACCAGUGAUUGGCUGAGGAACAGGAAGUGAAGAGCAGCAGGAACCAGAGCAGCAGUGGAACUGAAUGGUGGCGGGGGUCAGUAGAGGUGAGUGUGACCCUUUUUUUUUAACCCUCUCUGGCCUUUUUAUUUUUUUUAUUCUCUCUCUGGAAAACCCCUUUAAAUCUCAUAGCUGGUCCAGUGUAUGCCAAACAGCAGUGCGUCACUGACAACCACUGCAACCAUUGCAGCGUUCUUAGGAGUUGUCACCCAGCAAUCCACAGAUUUUUUUUUUACUUUUUGUCUAUAACCGCUUAUUCCUUCUCUACCACUGCUCUGCUUGCGCGAAUGUCAGUCUUCACUGCCAUUCCUUUGCAUUCUAUUCAUGAAAUGGUAAUUUCCAGAGGAAUAGUGCUGCUGCAUGGCAUUGUGGGAGAGCACAUACCAUAAUAACUGGGAAUGUAAAUUGUAGGAAGAAUACAUUAUUAUGCUUGUCAUCAGUAUGGCGGUAAGUAGUCAUCAAGGUGUCAGAAAUCAUCUUCGCUAAAUCGCUACCAGUCAUUUCCGUUCUUUUCAAUGGUUUUGUAUGAAACGUGGGGCCUCCUGCUGGCGGUGCGUAAGAACUGCAUGCACCUGCUCACUCCACUGUCGUCAGUGCGGGAUCUGUUACAGUCACACACCGACUGAUUCGGUUAAGGUGGCGUCAUGGAUUCAUCCGUCGGGCACCAAAAAAAUUCUGCUUUGUAUAUAGGAACCAAGAGUUUAUAUUAAAGUUUUACACAAGGAACAUCAUCCAUAGGGACAUAUAUUCCGAUAUUUCUGUCUUUGAUACAAGCUAAAUCUACAUCAGAUAUUCAGUCACUUUGUAAAUAGGAUGAUUUAUCAAUCUUGUACUGAUUCUGAAUUACUUGUCUUCUGCUCCAAUUACAUCCAAAGCACAUCCAAAA